AUGGAGGAAGUAGAGGUACAGAAGAUUCCUUCAGCUUGCUCACCAGCUCGAUUCAGCCCAAAGAAACUAGUUCAAUGGAUGUUAUGUUUUAUUGGUCUGUAUUUAGCUCUCAAUAUGUUUUAUGCCCGGUUACUUCCCUUGGAUCAAUACACCAUUAGGCAAUACUACCAUCGUAUCAGUGUAGAAGAAGACAAGUGGCUCGUGACGUAUGUACCGGGAAACUGGACAGGGGAAGUCACUCAUGUUUUAGAUUUAUCCAGUUGGGGAACAGUACUGGUUGGUGAAGCACAAGACGGGCCCAGCGCAUGUAGACCACCAAAAUGUUUCUAUGUGGGACCCUUUGAGAUGGAAAUCCUGAAUUUUUCUGUUGCUCGACAUCUUAAAGGACCACAGAAGAUACUGAUUGGUCAAAUGGUUGCUAUUCUGUUAGGAGCUGAACUGAUACUGCCGUUUGAAAUAGAUCGAGUUCCCUUGGAGUCCCUCUCAGACAUGGAUGCAGCUGCCAAGACGUCUGGUCUGGUACAUACCGGAAGUGCAGUUUUCAAUCCAUAUUCAUUACGGACGGUUCUUUUGACUGAUGAUCAUAUCUUCUCACCUGCGUCCGAAAUCAGACCACUUUUAUUGUCUGCUACGAGAAAGACAAAGGCGGGAAACAGUGGCGAUGACCAAUCUCCAGAAAAGUUCCAUCUGUCACGGAACGGUUACGUCAAUUUGGACCAACUUGACGUUAUAUUUCAUCAUGAUGCAUUCUGGGGAAUGAUACAUCCGAUCAUGCGCAGUGUUCUUGGUUAUGGAGAACUGGAUUCAUUUUGGGUUCAGAAAGUUAUUCAUUCCAUGGGUAAAACUGUUAGCAUUUAUAAUCCCAUAUCCGAACCUCAUUCGAAAUCAAAUAAAACUAAUAAGGUUUUUGCACAGACGGAUAUUUUUGUGACUGACGUCUUAGAAAGCUUAAAUAAAAUCAACUGUAACAAAGGAACCGUACAAAUUACGAAAUGCAUUGAACAUAUAUUUCAAGAAUUUAUAAAACGAAGACUUUUUCCGCCCAGUAUAUUCGAUAUUUGGAAUGACUAUUGCAAGGAUCUGACAGCAAUUAAUUAUCACUUUCCGGUUAUUGACUCUUUCGUGGUACCAGACGAUUUCCGGUUUAAGUUGUUUUUCUCUGCAAGAUCAAAUCCAAAUCCUCCAAAACGUUCAUUGAUGAAAUAUUCCAACAUCUUAAAUACUUGUAAAGGUCUAAAAUUUCACUGGCAUGAUCCGAAAAUCAGCGACAUUUUGCUGAUCAUAACUGUCAAUAACGCAGACGACAUUAGUCAACUUCCGGUUUUGGAUUUUAUGUACAGACGAUGGUUUCAACACGUCAUGUUUUGUGGCUCGGAUGUUUACGAAUUUAAAGAGAUUUUAAGCAAGCUUCAUUAUCCAUUGUCCUUGUUGGAUCUUUAUUUUGUAGACGGUUUGGAUCGUGAAGGACUCUUUCAACAAAGAUGCAUGAUGGCUGCCAUGGUGAUCAAAUUUGGUGUCAAAGGUUAUAUGCAAAUUAAGUGUGACACUUUACUCAAUCCAUGGAUGCUACAAAACCUUCCACGAGAUAAGAUAGUGCUAGCUGGAAAUAUGGGAACGAUCGACGCCACGCAAGAUAAAAUGCAGUAUUGGGAUUGGUGGGCUAAAGAAUGCGGAAAAGUUGCUUGGUCCAAUUUCUUCACUUUAAUGCAACAGACGAGUGAAUUGGAACCACUUUCAGCAUCAUUCCUAGAAAUAGUUUCCGAAAACACCAAACCCAAUACUGCUUACUAUAGUGGAUGGAAUAUCUUUUACAUUCCUGCAAGCUUUCAGGAGAACUUUAUCCAUGCUGCUAACAAGAGCCUAACGAGUGGACUAAUGAAUGAGCUGGCCUUGCCUACCAUCGUUCUGGGACUUCAGAACAAGACUGGUUUCCAUACAAUUAAAGAUCACAGCCUGUGGGGUGAAGCCAGUUUGAAAUUCGAUGAACUCUACAACACAACGGAUAUUUUUCUGUUUCAGUUCAACCUCAGAACUCAAAUCAAAACUCAGAAAGGAAAGGAUUUCUUUUGUGAGAAGUAUCUGAAACAUUCUGAAAUUCAGUUGAAAUCAAAUAAAAAUGGUUGAGAUGUU